CAUUUGUUUGUACAAAAUUUAACUUUAUCUGUUUGUUAUCACCUGUAAUAAAUGUCAAACAAUUUGACAAUAGUUUUCAGUAUUAGUUCGGUGGAAACAUUUCUGUUAUGUUUACUAAAUAUAAUUCUUGUAUAAUAGGUCUUAAUGUAUGUUUUUCUAAUCAUGAAUCUUUGGGACCACCUGGUCCGUAGUAGUGACGUAAUGCAACUAAAAAAAUUAUUGUAAAUUUAAUUUCAACCUUAACUUACAGUUCAAUCAGCAAAAAUUAUAAAAAAAAAAAAACUAUUUUAUUAUAAAAAAGCGAUUUUCUUUAAAAGAUUUUAUUUGAACAGUUAAAUGAUACAUUCGCUAGGUUCAGCAUUAAAUAUAACCUUUUAUCAACAACUUUAGUCUUAAGAUUGUGUGCAAUAAACUUACAAACUAACUUACAUACAUACAUAUUAUCACGUCUAUAUCGAGCCAAGUAUGUCAAUCACGGAAACUGACUAGGAGAGUUAAGCUCAAAAUAUUCCGGUCCAAUGUGAAAACCGUUUUGCUGUAUGGGUGUGAGACGUGGAAGGUCACUAAAGACAUCUCGCACCGUCUCCAAGUCGUCAUUAACCGCUGUCUUCGCCGUAUUCUCGGUGUUUACUGGCCUGAGAAAAUCUCCAACGUAGACCUGUGGGAACGCUGCGGUGAGACUCCGAUCGACCAGCAGAUCAAACGCCGCAAAUGGAACUGGAUCGGCCACACGCUCCGAAGGGACCCCGAACACAUACCGAGGCAAGCCCUAGACUGGAAUCCCCAAGGAAAGCGUAAACGUGGCCGCCCUAAACAGACCUGGCGGCGGACAAUCAUCGCAGAGGUGAAGAAUAUAGGGAAGACUUGGAGCGAAAUAAAACGCGAAGCUCAAGACCGAGCGGAAUGGCGACGCACUGUGGAUGCCCUCUGCCCCAGCUAGGGGACAUAGGACCUUAAGUCAAUAAAUUGCGCCGUAUUUUGUUACGGAGCUGGCAUCGGCUGGAUGUCGCCUAUGUCCCUGCUGUUACAAUCAGAGAACUCACCCAGAGGAGCACCAUUGACGGUUACAGAAAUAUCAUGGAUGGCUUCCAUUGCAUAUUUGGUCUGUCUGGUGUUCGAUUCUAUAAUGUCGUACCUAGGAGAAGCAGUCGGCAGAAAGAACACAAUGAUAUUCCUAUGUUUGUGUACAGCAGCUUGCUGGAUCGUGAAGCUGUCUUCUAUGGAGACGUGGGCGUUCAUACUGGCCAGAGCCCUGUUCGGUAUUACCAUGUCUGGAGUCUGCGUGAUAUGCCCGAUGUAUACCAAGGAGAUCAGCGAAGACAGCGUCAGAGGGUUUCUGGGGACUUUGAUGAUAUUCUUCCAAACAUCCGGCAACUUGUUCUUGUACGUCAUCGGAGACCUGUUCAGCUACAACACCAUCCUGUGGAUCUGCCUGGCCAUGCCCACGGUGCAGGUGGUGCUGUUCAUGAUGAUGCCGGAGUCGCCCUCGUAUUUGGUUAAGAACGGGAAAGUUGAGGAAGCUCUGAGUGUGAUGGCGUGGCUUCGCUGCAAACCAGAAGACGAUGUCUCAUUAAAACAAGAGCUGGACAUUAUCAUAAAAGAACAGAACGCUGACGAGGAGAGCAGUCAGUUUGCAUUGAAAGCUAUAUUACAAGAUAAAAUCCUCUUUAGAGCGUUCAAAAUCGCCGUAUUAGUAUCCCUCGCUCGAGAAUUCUGCGGCGCCAUACCAGUCCUGAACUUUGCUGGGGAGAUCUUCUCCCUGUCCGCAGAAGGGGGGGGCAUCGUCAUGCUGACUCCGAACCAGCAAGCCAUGCUGCUUGGAGCUGUGCAAGUGUGUGGGGCUAUGCUGGCUUCCAGCGUCGUGGAAUUUGUAGGAAGGAAGCCGCUAUUUGUUAUCACUGCCAUAAUAUCCGGGAUCAGCCUGGUCGUGCUAGCGUCCUGGUUCCUAGUCAGGGAACUGGGAACAGCCCUCCCUGCUUGGAUCCCAGUCGCCACCCUCUGCCUGACUAUCUUCUGCGACGCGUCGGGCAUUCAGCCUGUCUCAAUCGUCAUUAUCAGUGAAAUGUUCUCUUACAAGUAUCGAGGCACAGUCAUGGCAGCAUCAAUGACAACUUCUGGAUUGGCUGCCUUCCUGCAAAUGCGGUUCUUCAAACCGCUAACAAUAGCCAUAGGUAUCCACGUAUCGUUCUACUUCUUCGGCGCUGUUUGCCUGGUAGCAGCUGUUUAUGUUAUCCUGGUAUUCCCGGAGACGAAGCUAAGGAGUGUGGAGCAGAUACAGUACGAUUUGAAGACGAAGAAGGAGAAGAAGAAAGAGUUGGAAUCGCGGAGUGAAAACAAGGAAAUUGAGAUAGAAAAGUAAGCAGUAGGUACGAGUUAUAUAGUACAGAAAAAACAAACUAGGUAGGUAGGUAUUGAAUUUAUUAUCGUAAUCUCAGUGUUCAAAUCUAUUAAACUUUU